AUGAAUCUGCUUAGUGAUAGCAGAUGUGGAAGUGAAGAGGAGGUGAGAUGUCUCUUGGUGUUGCCAGAUAUAAAUAUCUUAAGCCACAGCGGUGUCAGCCACACAGUCUUCUGGUUGCUGGGCAUCCCUGGCCUGGAGGACCAGCACAUGUGGAUCUCCAUCCCCUUCUUCAUUUCCUAUGUGAUUGCUCUGCUUGGGAACAGCCUGAUCAUCUUCGUUAUCCUCACAAAGCAGAGUCUCCAUGGACCCAUGUACCUCUUCCUCUGCAUGCUGGCAGGAGCAGACAUUGUCUUAUCCACUUCCACGGUUCCUCAGAUGCUGGCCGUCUUCUGGGUCCACGUUGCAGAGAUCUCCCUGGAUCGCUGCAUCACUCAGCUCUUCUUCAACUAUUCCACCUUCAUCUCUGAGUCAGGGAUCUUGCUGGUGAUGGCAUUUGAUCGCUACAUUGCCAUCUGCUACCCUCUGAGGUACAGCAGUAUUCUUACAAACUCCUUGAUUGGGAAGAUUGGAGUGGCUAUCUUUCUGAGAAGUUAUGGCACAAUAAUCCCCAUAAUACUUCUUCUAAAAAGACUGACAUUCUGCAAAAGUAAUAUCCUCACGAAUGCUACUUGUAAAUAUAUUGUCUUGGCUCCUGUUUCCUGUGAUGACAUCCGAAUUAACAUCUGGUAUGGAUUUUUUGUCCUAAUGUCAACUGUGGUCUUAGAUAUUGUGCUGAUUCUCCAUGCUGUUUUCCGAAUCCCAUCCCAAGAUGUUCGCCAUAAAGCUCUGAACACUUGUGGCUCCCAUGUCUAUGUCAUCAUCCUCUUUUAUGGUCCUGGGAUCUUCACAACUCACACUCAGCGAUUCGAACACCACAUUGCACCCCAUAUCCACAUCCUGCUGUCCAAUGUCUGCGUUCCUAUACCAAUCAGUGAAGCCAUCAAGACCCAGGCUUUGCUUAGUUGA